GGGGAUGAAUAAUAGUUUACAUUAUGUUGAAAUAGUAUAAAAUAAAAUUACAAAAAUUGUCUAUAGAUAAUAGCAAGGAAAUAUAAAAAUUGCAUAAAUUACCCAUGUAUAAUACUGUAGAAAAAUUAUAGAAAUGGUCCAAAUGUGUAAAAUCAAAUUAUAUAAAUGGUCCAUAUGUAAUAGUAAAACUACAGAAACUGUCCAUAUAUCUUUAAUCUUUGUAGGAGAUAACAUUUAGUAUUAGUUAGUUAGUCAAAAAUAACUUUUUGUACCUAUAGAAUUUAUGAACUUUCACUCCAACAUACAUGUUUAAAACCCUUGUUUUGCAUAAGAUCCUACAUCUCUUUUAAAACAAAUAACAAAUAAUUAUUAAUGAAAAAAUGAAAAUAAUGUUAAUCAUUAAUUAAAAAUAAACAACUAAUAGUUACUAUUGUCUAUUAAUAUUGAGUUUGAUAAUAUACCAAACUAAUAAUAAUUUAUUAUAGGUCAUAUUUAAAAAUACGAAUUCUAAAUAAUACACAAUAUAUAUAUUUUGAAUAAUUGUCGAAGUGGGUUGCCUAGUGGGCAAGCCCGUGAGCAGUACCUACACGUGGCAAGAGAUGACUUGCUGAAUGAUGCAACUGGAUGGCAGCCCGAUUAAGGUUGAAAACUGAAGCAAAUGGAAACUGUUGUGACAUCUUAGAUAAAACUUUAGUGACUUUUAUAGUUUUAUUGCAUUAAGUCGUUUAACCCUUGAUUAUUACUGUAUAUUAAAUAAAAUGUGUAAUUCAAUUCAAAUAUUAAUAUUAAAAGAAUUGUUAAGAAUUCCAUAGACGUUCAAUCACCCAACCCCUGUUAAAGGUUGAUUUAUGAAAUCGGAGUCAAAGUGAAGUCGGAAGCAGAUUAGAAUUUAGAAAGAUCGAAACUUUAAAAACGAUGGGUUUCAUCGGAGAUUCGAUCGGUUCGUUGAAGUCCAUUAAUGUCAGACAAGCAUUAGAGCAGGCCAUCACCCUGGGUAUGAUUGUUUCAUCUGCACUAAUUCUAUGGAAGUUUUUGAUGUGUGUGACUGGUAGUGAAUCACCUGUUGUAGUUGUUCUUUCUGAAAGCAUGGAGCCUGCAUUCCAAAGGGGAGAUAUUCUGUUCUUACGAAUGGGUGAAGACCCUAUUCGAGCAGGUGAAAUUGUUGUGUUCAACAUUGAUCGUCGCGAGAUUCCCAUUGUUCAUCGUGUGAUCAAGGUUCAUCAACGUAAUGAUACAUCAGAUAUUGAUAUUCUUACAAAAGGGGAUAAUAACCCUACAAAUGACCGAGGUCUAUAUGCACCAGGUCAGCAAUGGCUUCAAAGGCACCAUAUCAUGGGUAGAGCUGUUGGGUUUUUACCUUAUGUUGGUUAUAUUACAAUCGUAAUGACUGAAAAACCCAUUAUAAAGGUGAAUGGAUUCGAUGAUCUAAAACUUAGAACUUAUGCCCUUAUAUAGAUGGGCUUACAAACUAUUGGACAAGAAUAAAAACGUAAGCGAUGAUGUUUAAACAAAGGCCAUUAUUUAAUUUGUUACAUGUGGCCGUGACCGACAAUCUUGAUAAUUAUAAAGAUACUUUUAACAAGUGGUGGAGACUUCUUGAUGAUUUUUGAACAUCCAAACAACUCAACUUUUGAAAACCCGUGAUAUGUGAAAUAAUUUCACAUACGAGCCCUUCUAGCUUUUGGAUAAAGGUAUGGAUCCAUGAGACGAUUCAAUUUUAUCGUUUUUAGACAAUAAUCAUCCUAAGGUAUCUCCUAAUAAAGUCAAUUGUUUUAUUUGGUGAGCAUUACAAAAGAAGAUCCCUUCAGCGGUGGCGUUACGAUCUCGUGGUAUUGACCUCACGACGCUUACAUGCGGUGCAUGCAUCAAUGAAUCCGAGUGUGCAGAUCAUAUACUACUUCUAUGCCCAUUUGCUCGGAUAAAAUCCUUUCUUGAUGUGGUGUGCAACAAAACUCAUUCACCUCUGUGGGUGAACUGUUGGAAUAUGCAAACGGAUGGGGUUGAAAUUUAAAGACGAGAAAGAGAUUCGUUACCGUAUGUCACAGACUUAUCUGGAACUUAUGGAAACUCGGGAAUGAUCGCGUGUUUAAAGGAGUUUUCGCAAAGCCCGCAACUGGUGUUGAAGCCGUAAAAUCAAUGAUGUAUUUCUGGUUAAAAUUCAGGGGUAAACAAGUAAUGUGCACCUGGGAAGAAUGAUCAACAGAUCCGAUUUGGUGAUGUUUUUAAUUUUCAUUUGUCGUUCU